AUGAUCAUUAUCCAUACAUUUGGUGAAUCAGGUUUGCCAGCAAAACAUAGAAUUAAAUUUGGAAAAGGAUGGAUGGGAAAAGGCGCUGAAAUUCGGGGUGUUCAUUAUCUUUACGGAGGUAUGAAAGGCAUUCACAUCUUAAUUACCAUUUCCGAACCCGUCGAUGUGAUGGAUUGUUGGCUUGAAGGUCCAGAAGACAGGAUUCACCUAGGUCCACCCACGGAUAUUAUAAAUAAUUGGUUCAGUAUGUGUAUGUCUUGGGAGGAAUGGUCAGAGGAAAGGGAAGAUCAGAGAAUAAUGGAUAUGGAAAACGAAGCGAUUACAGAAGAGGCACGGACAGGUGAGAUGGAAAUGUUAGACGAAACGCAGAUGGAUGCCGAAAUGAGGGAAGCCCUUUAG